AUGACUCUGCGUGAUAUCUACGGAGCAUACUUAAGAAGUAAUAGUAUCAAACUAAGUCCAGUGAGAAUUAAUAUAAACAAAAUUAAAACAACUGAAAAGUAUAUUACCGAACUAAAAUUGGCAGAGAUCAACUUCAACUCCAACUCGGGAUACGGAUUCAGGAAAGUAGUUAAGGGUUUUAGAACUCUUUGGAAAGCAAAAGGACAUAGAGAAUACGCUACACAGAUCAUAGCAAAAAGUGAUGAAAACUUAAAGAAACUGAAGGAAGUAACAUUGAAUCUCUCCAAUGGAGAUAUUGUCAAGCUGUCUAAACAAGGUAGAAAGUGGAUCCAAAACAACAAAAUUACCCUAGACAUUACUCAAGGAGAAAGUUUAUAUAACUCCAAAUAUAAGAUUAAAAUGUCUACAACUAUGAGAAAAUGUCAUAAAAAAGGCACGAAAGAAAUUGAAAGUAAAAAGGUCCUCAUAAAAGAAUUCAUCUGUGAAGAUGACUACGCAUUUGAUAAGAUUAUUGAAACUUUAGGUCCAGAAUUAAACCAGAACGUAAUUUGGAAGAAGACAGAACGCUCAGUAUGCGCAGUAAAAGUGUCAUUGGCCCUCUGUAGUACCGAUGAAAAAUUCAUGUCAUUGGAAAGCAGGUCCGGACGUUAUGAACUUUUUUACUGGACAGAAGACACAGGAAACUGGGAAAGAUUAACCAAGUCAAAGCUCAACCUUCGCAACUUCAAAUUUGGCUAUGAUAAAGAGAACGUUCUCAAAUUUGUAGAAUAUUCUAAAAUAACAUGUAAAGAGAAGGUUGAGCGUUUUAGUUACAUGAUGUACAUUGAUUUUCCAAAGAGUUUUGAGCCAAAAAAAGAAUACAGCGUAGCGAAACAACUGGAAUAUAACAUACUCGAAAAUACAAUAAUAUUGACCUACAAAAACAAUAAAACUGUUGUUCAAGACCUGAAAAAUGAAAAAAUCAACCUAAUGAUUAAAAAUGAUGAACCUGUAGUUGAACCUGUAGAUGAACCCAAAGUUGAACCCGAACCUCCUUCUAAUGAUAAAACCUCCAUUGAAAAUGAAAAGGAAAAAGAAAAUUUGGCCACAAAAUUCAGCAAAUUAUAUGAUAGUAAUAACAAUAACAACUUUCAUUCCAUUUCCACACUUAACAAUUUAAAUAGUCUCACCGGUUCUAUUAUGAAUGAGGUCAGCAGUUCAUACAACAACAAUCCUAAUUCAAUUAAUACUGUUAUUUCAGAACCUGAUGCUUAUGAUGAUUCUAAACUUUGUGAUAAUGUGGAUCCUCCUAAGAGCGGGAAUAAAAAAGAGUCAGAUGAAAUAGUUGAGAAAGUAAAUGGAAAUAUAAACAAAUUAGUAGUAUUGAACAUUGAUGAUAAACCCCCAAAAAAUGAAUUCGCUUGUAGUAAGGAAGAUAAUUAUAAAGAUUAUGUAUGUUACGAUGGCUUCUUAAUUAAUAAAAUAGUUGAAAACAGUAAGAAAAGUACCCUUACAAAGGUGGUAUGGUCAACUAAUAAUCCCAAAGAGUAUACAAGCAAAGUAUCGCUUUUUGAAGUUAAGAACGAAAAAUUCUUAAUGAUUCCAUUUAAAGAUUACCAGUACAAAAUGUUUCAUAAGGACAGCAAGAAUAAGAGUUGGAACGAUAUUACCAGCCAAAGAAUUGCUCUGCGCAAAUUAAAAUUAUUAGAUGAAUUUGGAAUUGAUAUUGCCUCAACUGGUGAGUUUAUCUAUAAAGGAAGGUUUACUUUUCAAAUAAACCCAAAAGUACUCUUUUGUUCUGUAAAGUACAGAAAUAUUAACUACUCAGGGCCAUUAUAUCAAGAGAACGAUUAUGGGAAAAUGAACCAAGUUGAUGUAAAUGUUCUGGAAAACGCUGUGAAAUACAAUUACAUAACAGGCGAAACCAAGAAAGUAGAAAUUGAUAAAUAUUUCAUUUAA